CAUCUACUCCCGGGGCCUGCGCGAUGUAGGACGAGAGAAGAGGAGGGUGGGCAACAUGGCGGCUACUGCGGCUGGUGUGGGCCGGCUAGAGGAAGAGGCCUUGCGGCGAAAGGAACGGCUGAAAGCCCUAAGGGAAAAAACCGGGCGCAAGGACAAGGAGGACGGGGAGCCCAAAACCAAGCAGCUCAGAGAAGGGGAGGAGGAAGGCGAGAAGCACAGGGAACUCAGGCUGCGGAACUAUGUCCCCGAGGAUGAGGACCUGAAGAGGAGGCGGGUGCCCCCGGCCAAGCCAGUCGCAGUGGAAGAGAAGGUGAAGGAGCAACUGGAGGCCGCCAAGCCCGAGCCCAUCAUUGAGGAAGUGGACCUGGCCAACCUCGCGCCCCGGAAGCCUGACUGGGACCUCAAGAGAGACGUAGCUAAAAAGCUGGAGAAGCUAGAAAAGCGGACCCAGAGGGCCAUUGCCGAGCUGAUCCGUGAGAGGCUAAAAGGCCAGGAGGACAGCCUCGCCUCUGCAGUGGACGCUACGACAGAGCAAGAGGCCUGCGACUCCGACUGAGCUCUGUAUGACUACAGAAAACCGGCGUGCAUGAAAAGGGCAAAACCAACACCAUCACUCACGAUGGGCGCAUGAACAAAAGUUACAGAAUAUAUGAGGAGACCGGUGCCUUGAAGAAGGGGUACCACCCCACCAGGUGGAAGAGUUGAUCCCCAAGGAACUGAAACCAUGACCUCCUUACAGACUUUAAAAUGAACGUUGGUUUUCUCGCCAGAGAUAAAAGAGGCACCCAGCUCCCCUAACUCAGGAACUUAGGUAGGAGGAAGAUCUGGGUGGUAAUCUUGGAAACAAAGAAUGUUUAUUAAAAUAAGUGACACACACAGACACACACAUACCAUAAGCAACUCACCAGAGGAGCUAAGUAAUAACAAUCGAGGAGGGAUUGAUCAGUUUAAAGUUAGGCGGAAGCCCUAGGAGGCAGCAGUGGGAGCAGGUAGGUUGCAAGUGGACAUACUCCCAGGUGUCUGUGAGCGGAUGGGAGAUCAGGAAAAGAAAACUGGAGAAAGAAGGAAUGGCCAACCACUUCUGUCUCUGGCAUCAUGGGACUGCGGUGGCUCGAACUGAUCCUCCCUUUGCAAACAGCUAAAAAUACUAGGUAAAUAAAUAGUUACAACAAAUACUUUUAAAGGCCUCAGUGACCAGGCAAGAAAGUAGAAAACACUCAAGCAAGAGGGUAGGAGAAGCAGCAGAAUGCUGAAGUCUGACCUCUGACUUGAAGGUAUGUGACAAGCGAGGUGAAAUAGCAUUGGUUUUCGGGGUGCUCAGUACCUGGGGCCAAGACAACUCACUACCUGUGCAUAAUGAGGGACCUGGUACGAGGACCCUCCAGAAGGCUGGGGCUACAAAGGGCAGGGCCCUCUGUGAACUAAUAAUAGAUCUGCUCCCUUGGCAUCCCAGAGGAAAACUGAACCUUGGCACUGACUGGAAUGAAGAAAGGUCUCCCUUGAGAACUGAGCCGGCCCACAUGGGUUUGCAUGUGAGAAACCUCAAGCCAAGAAACAGAUCGAUAACCUAAAACGAGAAGCUAAGAGAUACAGAGGAUAGAGUGAGAAGAGCUACAUAACAUUUGAUUAGAGUUCCAGGAGAGAAGAAAGGCAAAAAGGAGGCGGAUGUUAUAUAUAUAUAUAUAUUUAUAUUUAUUUUAAUGGCUGGAACAACUCUUCAAAAUCACCAAUCCACAAAUUCAAGGAGAUCAAUAUAUCUCAAGCAAGGCAACAAAAGGAAAUCAACACUCGAGAGAAGUUCCAUCUCGGUAUGGAUGGUGAUUAAUUAGGUAUAAUCACUUUUUGACUAUUCAGGGACCCAAAUAUAUUUGUGCAUUUUUUGUAUGUUUAUUACACCUUAGUAAGCAAGUUCACUUAAAACUUUUUCAUAUCUUAAUCAUCAAUUCCUGCAUUCAAAUUCCAUACAAAACUCAGUGGCUUAAAACAGACCUUUAGUAUUAGAACGUUUCUGCAGGUCAGGAAUGUGGGAAUGGCUUACCUGGGCAGUUCUAGUUUGGGGUCUCUGAGAUCGUGGUCGAGAUGUUCCCAGGGCUGCAGUCAUCUGAAAGCUUGGCCAGGGCUGGAGGCUGUGCUUCCGGGAUGCUGUCCACCGCCAGGAAGGCUCAUAGAAGCCCAGUGUACACUGAGCCCUUGCCACAGGGCUCUCUCCAUAAGGCUUUCUUGUGAGUGUUUGUGUGUGUGCGUGCGUGCGCGUGCGUGCGUGCAUGUGCGUGUGCGCGCGCACGCUGUGGCAGCCGGCUUUCCCCGGAAUGAUCAAGCCAAGACAGAAAGUAUGGGGAAACUAGGGCUUUUUAUGACCUGGGCUUGGAAAUGAUACUCUGCCACGUUAUAUAGUUAGAAGCAAGUCACUACGUCCAGUGACUUGGGAAAUAAGUCCAGCCUACACUCAGAGGAGAAUUAGGUUCUACAUCGGGAAGGGAGGUCUAAGAAUUUGUGGGCAUAUUUCAAAACCACUGCAUACCUAGGGAGUUAAGUGCAACAAGUUGGCAGAACAAAAAGAGCAAGAAAAGAUGUUAGAAUUAGAAAAGAUAACAUUACCCUUUAAGGAGCAAGACAGCAGAUGUCUCAGCCGCAGCCGGUGGUAACUAGAGGGAUAUCUGCCUGUAUCAGUGUUAACUAGAUGAAAGGAAGUUGUCAACCUACAAUUCUAUACCCAGAGAAAACACCUUACAAGGUAUUUUUAGACAAGCAAACCCAGAGAUUUUGUCACCAGCAGACUCACAUGGAAA